UGAAUGUAUUUGAAUGAAUGAGACAGGAUGAGCCACAGUCGUAGCAGCUAGCUAAAGAUAUGUUGGUUGUAGUUCACACAGAUCAUAGAUGACUCAGGUAAGCCAUCAGCAGUGGGGCGAGGUGCCUGGCCAGGGCACUGUGGACCUAUGGGUGUUGCAGUCCUCCCAGGUGCGGGUGGAGGUUCUCACCCUGGGUGCCAUCAUCAGGUCCGUGUACAGCAGGGGGAAGGAUGGUCAGAUGGAAGACGUGGUCCUGGGCUUUGAUGACCUGGAUGGUUAUCUGUCAGACAAGCGUUACCUGGGAGCUUUGGUGGGCCGUGUGGCGAACAGGAUCGCAAAGGGGCGGUUUGUAGUGGAGGGAAAAGAGUUCCAACUAGAUGUCAAUAAUGGACCUAAUGCACUACAUGGAGGCCUGCGGGGCUUCAAUAAGGCUAUCUGGCUUGCGACAGCAGUGGAAGGUGGUGUACAGCUGAGUCUUACAAGUCCAGAUGGAGACCAAGGUUAUCCUGGAGAAGUUCAGGUCUCUGUCUCCUACACCCUACAGGGGGAAACGCUAACUGCUGAAUAUCAAGCCCGGUCUCUCAAAACCACCCCCAUCAACCUCACAAACCACUCCUACUUCAACCUGGCUGGACAGGGUGCAGCAGAUAUCUACGACCAUGAAGUGUCCAUCAGUGCUCAGUCCUACUUGCCUGUGGAUGACACAUCCAUUCCUACAGGAGAGAUCAGAGGAGUGGAAGGCACACCCUUUGACCUCAGAAAGCCUGUUCUGAUUGGCCCUCGGCUAAAGGAACUUCCAAGUCCAGGCUUUGACCACAACUUCUGUCUGUCAACAUCUGGAGACCCCUGGAAGGAGAGGCAUGCUGCCAGAGUGUGUCAUCCAGCCAGUGGGCGUGUCCUGGAGGUUUCUACCAGCCAGCCAGGAGUCCAGUUCUACACCGCAAACUUCCUGGAUGGCUCUAUGACAGGAAAGGGUGGGGCUAGGUACGGGAAGCACAGCUCCUUCUGUCUGGAGACACAGAACUGGCCUGAUGCUGUCAACCAGGCUGCAUUUCCUGACUGUCUUCUGCGUCCUGGUGAGGACUACCAACACGUGACUCGGUUCACCUUCACCACUGUCUGAUCUGACCUCUAGCAACUAAAAAGACCAAAAGUGGGCACUCGUAAGCAGUAGGCGAUAUGAUGCGGGAGGCCUUCUCCUUGUUAGAAAAAUGACCAAAAUGUGUCCCCUUUGUUAACCUGCCAUUCCUUUCCAUGCACUCUGAGGUCACUAAUAGGAGGACUGUAGUCAGAUGCCAUCCUAUCCUGACCUGGACCUAUAACUAAUAAAUGAAUGAGAAAUUAUUAUUAUUUUUUAAUGGAGUAUUAAUUUAGAUGUCAGUUAAGUAUUUUAUCACAGCUAUUUUACUUCAUGUGCACACAGGUGUUCUCUGGUACUUAAUCGAAUAACGCUACACCUCUGACUAGCACACCGCUGACAGGCCAUUUACAUGCAUUGUAAAUCAUCUCAAGUGACACCACUUAGCCAAUCAAAUCUGUGCAUUUAGUAGCUCGUGCCAGUGAGUGAGACGGAAAUAAGAGGGCAGCAAUUUCACAUGUCGUGCUCUAAAAAGAGAAAACAGCUUUCAGUCGAGAGUGGACGGGUCUUACAUGUUCAUCAUUCUCACAAACUGUUCAAAAUCAGUAUGUCUCAUGUGGACAAUAAAAUGGAGAUUAAUUAAAAGCAGCAAUGUGAAGUGCAAUUACUAGACAAACCACAGAGUACCAGAGUGGGGCAGGGUUAAAAAUUAACAAAUGGCCUACUGCUUUUAAGUCCAUUAAUGAUUUUUACAGUUUUUACAGUAUACUCAGAACCGAAUGGACUGCUUGACCGUUCGGUUCGCCCGUCAGUAGGAGUGUAAUUCCUGACUGUGCAACUGUGUAAUUUGCUGCAGAAUUUUUUUAACGUGAAGAACUUCACCACACUGGUGCUAUGAUUUUUCUUACAGACUAAAUACUUACAGUCUGUGCAUGUCCAGUGUAGAACAGUGACAUGAAGCUCAUGUGACUAAAUGCUAUUAAUUAUAAUGUGAUUUAUGAUCCUGUGCCAAUGAAUUCUUACAUCAAACAAAAAAGGAAUAAAGAGCUGAAUCAUUCAA